GGCGCCCCCUUCCCUUAGGCUUAGUGCUGGGCUAGGAACAAAAGCGGGGACCUUGACGGCGGCGCGCGCGAGGUGCUCGAGGAAAUGCCCGUGCGAGCCUGGCGCUCUCUGGAGGCAGCAGGAACAUGCUCUUGACGCGCGGGUUCCGGCGCGCCGCCGUGCCCCGCCUCGCGCGCCGCGACAUGUGUGGUGCGGCGGCUCGGCGCACCACAGCGUCGGGUUUGGUGGCGGUGGCCGGGGGCGGAGCGAGCUUCCACGACUACGACGCCGCCAUCACGGCGUGCGUCGAGAGGCGGGCGCUCAAGCAAGGAAGGCAGGUGCACGCGCACAUGGUCACGGCGAGGUACCGCCCGCCCGUGUACCUGGCCACGCGGCUGGUCAUCAUGUACGCGAGGUGCUGCGCGCUGGACGACGCGCGCAACGUGCUCGACGGGAUGCCGGAACGGAAUGUGGUGUCCUGGACGGCCAUGAUCUCGGGGUAUUCGCAGAGCGGCCGGCACGUUGAGGCGUUGCAGCUGUUCAUCCGGAUGCUUAGAGCUGGAUGCAAGCCUAAUGAAUUCACUUUCGCAACUGUUCUUACAUCAUGUUCUGGCUCUCAAAGCAUACACCAGGUCAAGCAAGUCCAUUCUCUCGUUGCCAAAACAAAUUUUGAGUCGCACAUGUUUGUUGGGAGCUCCCUUCUUGACAUGUACGCCAAGGCAGGGAAUAUCCAAGAAGCUCGAAGGGUGUUCGACAUGCUUCCGGAAAGAGACACUGUUUCCUGUACCGCCAUUAUAUCUGGCUAUGCUCAGCUGGGCCUUGAUGAUGAAGCCUUGGACUUGUUCAGGCAGUUGUACAGUGCAGGGAUGCAAUGCAAUUAUGUUACUUUUACGACCCUUCUCACUUCAUUAUCUGGGCUGGCCUCCCUGGAUUAUGGCAAGCAAGUUCAUGGACUAAUACUUCGUAAAGAGUUACCAUUUUUCGUUGUUCUACAGAAUUCUUUGAUUGAUAUGUACUCCAAAUGCGGCAAGUUGUUAUACUCGAGGAGGGUAUUUGAUCACAUGCCACAGAGAUCAGCCAUCAGUUGGAAUGCAAUGCUUAUGGGAUAUGGUAGACAUGGCAUAGGACAUGAAGUCGUUCAGCUCUUUAGAACUAUGACCGAAGAAGUGAAGCCUGACAGCGUUACCCUGUUGGCUGUUUUAUCUGGUUGUAGUCACGGUGGGCUGGUUGAUGAGGGCCUUGACAUAUUCGAUCUUAUAGUAAAAGAACAAAAUGCUGUUCUCAGCAUUGGGCAUUAUGGGUGUGUUAUUGAUCUUCUUGGACGCUCUGGACGACUACAGAAGGCUUUAGAUUUGAUACAAGAUAUGCCAUUUGAGCCGACUCCAGCAAUUUGGGGUUCAUUGCUUGGUGCUUGCAGAGUUCAUGUUAACGUUAGUGUUGGUGAGGUUGUUGCUCAGAAGCUUCUGGACAUGGAGCCAGGAAAUGCUGGAAACUAUGUGAUCCUUUCUAACAUUUAUGCUGCUGCUGGAAUGUGGAAAGAUGUUUUCAGAGUUAGGAACUUAAUGCUGGAGAAGACGGUGACCAAGGAACCAGGGCAGAGCUGGAUAAUUCUUGACAAGGUUAUCCACACCUUCCGCUCAAGUGAUCGUUUACAUCCCAGGAAGAAAGAUAUAGAUGCUAAGAUAAAGGAGAUAUAUGUUGAUAUUAAAGCAGCUGGCUUUGUUCCGGACCUGAGCUGUGUUCUGCAUGAUGUUGACGAUGAGCAGAAAGAACGCAUGCUUCUUGGUCACAGUGAGAAGCUGGCAGUAACUUUUGGACUGAUGAACACCCCUCCAGGCUUGACUAUCCGGGUUAUGAAGAAUCUUCGUAUCUGUGUUGACUGCCAUAAUUUUGCGAAGUUUGUUUCAAAAGUUUAUGGAAGGGAGAUAUCUCUCAGGGAUAAAAAUCGGUUUCAUCUACUUACAGAUGGAGCUUGCACUUGUGGAGAUUACUGGUGAAAGAAACAUUGAUGUGUUACCCAUAUAUAGCUUUGCUGAUCAGCAGAGCUAUUUUUGUCCAGAUAAUACUGCUUACAGGAUAAGCAAUGUAAUGCUGAAUAUGAGAGCAGUGAAAGAGAAAUGCUCUGUUCAUUCCGAGUUCAGUUAUCAGACAGAUUACCAAAGAUUUGCUACAAAGAGCCGCAGUUGGUUCUUCUUAGCACUCCAUACUUGUAAGCUUGUGGCUGCUAACAGAUGUUUUUUCUUCAAUUCACUUUAAUUUAUUCAUAAGUUAAAGGGAAAUACUAUACUUCAAAAUUGUAGUGUAACUUCCUGUAGGCUGUGUACCUGAAAAAGACAUCUUCUAUGCUCACUGUAGACUUGACAGUGCAUAUUUUGUUGACAAAAAAUAAUAAGUGAGCCAUUUAAGCUA